AUGAAAUCAAAAAAGAUCAAAUACACCUAUUCCAGGGUUUGGAGAGAAGCUGGAGCUUCGAGGAGAUCUUUGAGGCCUAUUUUGCUUCGAAACAAAGGUAUCUGUGGCGCAGAGUUUCCGUCAGAAGAGCCAAGUCCUUCUCAUUUUCAGCACGAGAGAACAGUAGCUGUUCAUAUGAUAGAUAUGCCUGUGACCAAAACAUCAUCUAGUCUUGAAGCUUCCCGUCAACGGACUCUCCCGGCGGUCACACCCCCGCCGUUCGAUUACACUCAACACAUGGAAAGUUCGUUUGAUGAAUAUAGCAAUGCUGGCUGUAAGCAGGAGAACAUCGAGGAUACACUUAACGCACUGUACAGUGUUGAUAAUCAGGGCAACUAUGGUACUUUGCCAACCCCAGGGGCUCAUACAGACGAAUACAUGGGCCGUGCAGAAAAUCAAUUCAAGGAAUCAAACUCUUCUGAUGACCAGCACGACGGAAACGGAGGGAAACCUUCAUCUGCUAUUCAUUCCGAUGACCUUAUUCAAUCGUACGCAUCUACUCCGGGCAAUUAUUAUAAUCAAAAGAUGGAAACCAACGAAACCCCUUUGAAUGAAUCGAAGCCUUUGGAUGCGCAAGAUGAACACAUUAUGCUCCCGCCUCCUACACCUCCGAAUAUGAGGCCUGAUUGUAGCCAAUGGGGUAGCAAGGUAGAGAAUAUUAACAUGGAACUUGAUACCACGCCGAACAUAUAUCGAUUAAGCGAGACCAAGGGCUGUGAAAAGAUUGAGAAAGAUUGUCAGGCUGGGAACCUCCCAGAAAAUGUUGCUAACAGAGCGAAAUACUUCUGGAAAAUGCUCUCUCAGGCUACUGCAGACUUCAAUGGUCUUAAUUUGAACGAAACAAUGGAUGAACUGCCAGUAGUUCUUGUUGCUUGCUGUAUCUACAUCGCCUGUCAACAGUACAAAAUUCCCCGAACCUUCAUUGCAAUUCGCGUGCUUACAGAAACGUCGUCACUGGAAUUCCGUCAGUCUGUUCGCAGAUCUUUUGAGAUUAUUCAGAAGUAUAUAUUUGAGACCAAAUGCUCUUGCUUGCGAGCAUUCAGGGCACCUUCUGAGGGAUGCUGUCAGAUAUGCCAUAGGCUGUAUAAAAUGGAUGUCGUGAGCAGAACAUCCGAGACACUAGCGUUUUGUAUAGAAUGUUCGGGUGUAUAUCACAUGAGCUGUGUAACAUCGUUUAAUGCGACGAUUGCGACACCCAACCAUAGUGGCUUUAUUUGCCGACGAUGUAUUCCAUGUAUCAUUCACUCUGACGUGGAACAAAAUCCAGGAAAACAAACAGAGAAGCCUUUGGCAGCCGCUCGCGAUAGCGUUAGUAUCAAAUCCAACGAUGUCGAAAAGAUUGGAAAAGCAUUCAAAUCGCGCGACAAUCGAUCUCAAACCCCUGAAUUGGUAAGGGAAGAACUCAAAGCCAAUUCAAUAGACAGUAAGAUGAUAAAUUGGCUUGUGAAACGAUGCCGAAAUCUCCAAAGAAGACAAGAUGAGGAUAUUGCAAAAGUUCUUGCCCCUGUCCCGCACGAAUUUCUGGCACAAAUUGGAGAUGCAGAAAGUGCGACAAUAAAAAUACUCAAGAUAAAUAAUCAAGCGUCCCGGAAACCAUUGAGCAAGGCUCAGGAAGUCUACUUGGGUGCUCUUCAAACCGACUUCUUGCAAUUUAAUUUGCAGUCUAAUUUACAGAGCUUCCUUACGAAAUUACAGCAAACGAACAGUAAGACAAGUGGAUUCAAGAGAAACCGCAGUAUUCUUGAGCCAUCGGAUGAAGCUUGCGAAGAAUUUAAGGCCGCUCUCGUGAGCUGCCACCCUAGAAUUACUACAGAAAGAUUCGCAGAAUAUGCGGACAGCCCCUUGGAAUGUAGAAGGGGAAAUGUCCCGCAGCAUUCCCAGGUCACUCCACCAGGAUCCCAGCGUUUAUCACCAUACGACUUGGACUCUGAAUUAGAGGAGGGUGAAAUUCAAGAGUUUCCAGAAUUUAGGAUCCGGAAAUUCGAAAAUGUUUCGAGAUCUGGUCAACAAAGUAAAAUUAAAAGGAGAAGAAUGGUUGUGCGAGGAAAGAAUACAUAA